AUGCAGCACUUCACUCUCGUUACGAUCUUCCUCGUACUUUGCCUCACCCUUCUCACUCUCACCGAUGGAGGCUCCAUAGGAAUAAACUACGGUCGCAUAGCAAACAACCUUCCAUCAGCAACAAAAGUAGUUCGUCUCCUCAAAUCACAAGGUCUAGAACGUGUCAAAGUCUACGACACCGACCCAUCAGUUCUCCGAGCAUUAUCUGGAUCUAAUAUCAAAGUAACCGUUGACCUCCCAAACCAACAACUCUUCGCUGCCGCAAAAGCACCUUCUUUUGCACUCUCAUGGGUCCAACGAAACAUCCUCGCUUACUACCCACACACCCAAAUCGAAGCCAUUGCAGUCGGAAACGAAGUCUUCGUCGACCCCGCCAACACCACAAAGUUCCUCGUACCCGCCAUGGAAAACAUCUACCGAGCCCUCCAAAAACACAAUCUCCACAACGACAUUAAGGUUUCCUCCCCUAUAGCACUUUCCGCUCUCGGUAACUCUUUCCCUUCCUCAUCAGGAUCCUUCCGACCCGAGUUAGUCCAACCCGUUUUCAAACCCAUGCUAGACUUCAUCCGCGAAACGGGUUCUUACCUUAUGGUAAACGUUUACCCUUUCUUCGCUUACGAAUCAAACGCUGACGUUAUCUCUUUAGACUAUGCUCUUUUCAGACCAAACCCGGGUCAGGUGGAUCAUGGUAACGAGUUACGAUACACAAACCUCUUCGACGCUCAAAUCGAUGCCGUUUUCGCUGCACUUUCGGCUCUAAAAUACGACGAUGUGAACAUUGUCGUUUCGGAGACAGGCUGGCCUUCGAAAGGUGAUAGUAAUGAAGUGGGCGCGAGUGUAGAGAAUGCAGCUGCGUACAACGCGAAUCUCGUCCGUAAGAUCUUGACUGGAGGUGGAACCCCUUUGAGACCUAAAGCAGAUCUAACCGUUUAUUUAUUCGCACUUUUCAAUGAAAAUCAGAAACCGGGUCCCACUUCAGAGAGAAACUUCGGUCUUUUUUACCCCAAUGAAAAGAAGGUUUACGACGUUCCAUUAACCGUGGAGGCGCUUAAAAAUUACCACGACAAUCCGUCACCGGUUUCCGGUAGUGCAAACCAACCUGCUCCGGCGGAGGGUGGUGACAAUGGCGGUGUUUCGAAGAGUACCACCGGGAACACGUGUUAUUAUCAAAAACAAGCACGUGCGGGUGGGAGUUGCUAUUUCGGUGGUACGUCGUACGUGGUCACGCAAGAGCCUAAGUAUGGUGACUGUGAAUAUCCUACUGGAUAUUAA